UGGUAGAAUCUCUGUUUUUAUGAUGCCCGGUAUAAUGGCAUCAUGCUGGCCCCUGAUUCUGGUUCUUCAAGUUCUACUACUGUUUCCAGUUUGGAAGGCUUUGGGGUGUCCUGCCCGUUGUGACUGUACACCUCAGAUCCGGUCAGUCAUAUGCCAUCGCAAGCGUCUGGCCACGAUUCCUGAGGGUAUACCUUCUGAAACCAGAUUUUUGGACCUCAGCAAGAACCGUAUACGUUGCCUAAACCCUGGUGAACUGUCCUCAUACUCUCAGUUAGAGGAAGUUGAUCUUAGUGAAAAUAUCAUCUCUACGAUAGAGCCUGGGGCCUUUGCCAAUCUCUUCUACCUUCAAAUACUCAGACUGAAAGGGAACCAGCUGAAGCUUCUUUCCACUGGCGUUUUUGCAAAACUAAGCAAUUUGACUGUUUUGGACAUUAGUGAAAACAAAAUUGUUAUUUUACUUGAUUUUAUGUUUCAGGAUUUAAAGAACUUGAAGAUCCUGGACGUUGGGGACAAUGACCUACUGUACAUUUCACAGAAAGCCUUUUCUGGGCUUGUUGGACUGGAGCAGCUAACCAUUGAAAAGUGCAACCUGACUUCCAUAUCUGGUGAGUCACUUUCUUACUUACAAGGACUUGAGGUACUAAGACUUCGUCAUUUGGGAACCAGCUCUUUAGAAGAGCACAACUUUCAAAAGCUCUACAACUUAAAAGUGCUUGAAUUGGACUGUUGGCCAUUUUUGGAGGAUGUGUGUGCUACAGCUUUUCAGGGGCUGAACCUCUCUUCCCUUUCCAUCACCUACACUAACCUCACCUUUGUGCCAGCAGCUGCACUAAGGAGUAUGGUAUAUUUAGAAUAUCUAAAUCUUUCCUACAACCCAAUCAGAUCCAUACAGCGUGGCUCUUUCAGAGACCUUUUCAGACUUCGAGAGCUCCACAUGGUUGGCGCUUCUCUGACUACUGUGGAUUCCCAGGCUUUUUAUGGGUUGAGACAAAUCCGUCUUCUUAAUGUCUCCAAUAACCUUCUGUCUACUUUAGAGGAGGGUGUGUUCCAGUCAGUUAACACAUUGGAGACAUUGAGAGUGGAUGCCAAUCCUCUUGUCUGUGAUUGCCGCCUGCUGUGGAUCCUGCAACGCAGAAAGACUCUCAACUUUGAUGGCUACCAACCUGUCUGUGCCUCUCCAGCUGAAAUCCAGGGCAACGCUCUUCGUGAUUUUCCUGACUCAGUACUUUUUGAAUACUUUACAUGCCAAAAGCCCAAGAUAAAAGACAGAAAGCUGCAGCAUAUUACAACUCAUGAAGGGCAAGCUGUAUCGUUUCACUGUAAGGCAGAUGGGGAUCCUGCCCCAAUAAUUGUAUGGGUCUCACCUCAACGAAGAAUGAUUACAAGCAGGAGUGUUGGGAGAUCAACUGUCCUACCAGAGGGAACUUUGGAAAUCAGAUAUGCACAAGUACAGGACAGCGGUACAUACAUCUGUAUUGCUACAAAUGCUGGAGGCAAUGACACCUACUUUGCUACAUUGACAGUCAAAAGUGACAACUCCCCUUACUCCAACAGAACAUUAUAUCUCCCAGAAUACAAUGACACUUUUCAUAAUGACACCCAUGUGUUUUUGAAGUUCACCUUGGACUUGAAGACCAUCUUGGUGUCAACAGCAAUGGGCUGCAUUACCUUCCUGGGUGUUGUCCUCUUCUGCUUCCUGUUACUAUUUGUGUGGAGCAGAGGCAGAGGACAACAUAAGAACAACUUCUCAGUGGAAUACUCUUUCCGUAAGGUUGAUGGCCCAACCUCUGCAGCAGGUCAGGGUGGAGCCAGGAAGUUCAACAUGAAGAUGAUAUGAAAGUGGUUAACAGACUGAAUUACAGUAACUUGGACAUUAUGUUCUAUUGCUUGAAAAAAUAUAA